CGCGCCUUACGGUGGCAUCAGUGUGUUUUGAAGACUGUCAGAAGCCGCUUCAGCCGGUUAAUCAGUUACGAAAGAUAUAAACAAAAGUAACUAACGUUACACGAAGUGUACUCAAACGCGACCAAAAGCCAAUAGCCGUUUUAGUUGAAUUGCUGUCGGUGCGAUUGUGCGUGUGUGUGUGCAUAAUAAACAAGGAUACUAAGGAAAAGUGCAUUGAAGAGUGCUGAAAUAGUACAAAAUAGUGACGAUAAACUGAAAACAGUGUGCAAAUAAAUAAAUCUAAAAGUACAAAAAUUGAAAUACAUAAUUAAGCAACUCAUAAGAACAGUGCCCAAAAUGUUAGCCAAAAAGACAUUUAUGCAUGCGAAACUAAAAAAUCGCGCCAUCUGCUGGAAUUACCUGUUCGCGCUUUGUAUUUGCCUGCUUGGUCACAGCUGCAAUGCCGGCACAGAGAAUCUCACCAAUUUUCCUUAUACGCAGCAAGGACUAGCAGCAGCAUUAUCAGCCGUAUCUUCGAGUAAAUCACCAGCAGCAGCAACAUCAUCAUCCUUAUCAUCAACUUCUGGCGCGUCCGCAAACACAGCAAAUGCCGGCACUCGCACCGUUCUACGCAUCUACGAUGAGUGCAGUCACUCGGUUGGCGGUUUUGUGCCAUGCCUGAAAAAGAAGGCGAUCUCCUUUAUCGAUCGUAUAUCGCAUAUUGACGCGAUCACCGUAGCGGAUGGCAUUAAAUUGGUGCGUCUGCCGAAUAGUGCUGUAGCCGCAGCCCCGCUGCCACUCCAACCGCUCUAUAGUGAGAACGAGUUGGAACCGUCUUUAUCGCGCUCCAGCGAUGAUCGUGACACCAAGUUGACGAAUAUGCUUAUUGAAAGGUUGAGCUAUUUCUUCAACGGUCAUACACUGCAAGUGAAUUUUCCCAAAUUGACAGCUGAAGAAAUAGGACGGGGUCUUGAAGAAGGACGUGGCAAAAUGAAGAAAAUGAUGAGCAUGAUGAUGAUGGGCGUGGCCAUGAAAAUGAUCGGCAUGCUGCCGGUUGCAAUGGGUAUGCUUUACAUGAUGGCUGGCAAGGCGCUGAUUGUCUCCAAGAUUGCCCUCUUGUUGGCGGGCAUGAUGGGUCUGAAGAAGUUGAUGAACGGCCGGGGCGGCGGAUCGGGUGGCAGUGCGGGAUGGUCAUCCGGCGGCGGCGGUGGUGGCGGCUGGUCUUCGGGUGGCGGUGGUGGUUACGAUCGACGCUCUCUAAAUGAAGCGCAUGAACUGGCUUAUCGAGGUUAUAGUAAUCGGCAACCAACUGGUGUCUACUCCAAGCAGAAGCAAGCACAACAACCAAAUUUCCAACAACAACCACAACAGCAAGAGCAACACCAGCAUCAACAGAAGCAACAACAACAACCGUUAUCGCUGCAACAGCAGCAGCAACAAGUGCAAAAGUCAUAAACAGUAGCCAGCAGCGAAGUAAUUGUAAUGGGGUAGAGGUGAGCUUAGCGACACCAAUAAGACAACAACAACCAAUAACUGUACAAUCGACGUGCAAUAUUUUAAUGCUAGCAGAUACGUGCAUGCACACACACACACAAUAACACGAAAAUUAAUGCACUCAAUCAGCAUGCAUUAUCUCAUAGAUGAUGUGCAGCUUCUAAACGCAAAUCAACAGGCGUCAUCAUAAGAAUCGCUAAAUUGGCAACAAAAAUUGCUACAUAUUUGUUGUGCAGCAUUUGUAAUUAGAGUUUCUGCUAUUCUCUCUCACACAUGGGACACACACGUCUUCAAAUUUUCUUCUCUUUCGAUAUUCCUACUUUCAAGUACUCUUCUAUCCCCCCCAUUAGCCUCUUCGAUAAGCUAUUGGCGCCUUUACACGUUUCACGCUAGCUCCAUAAAUUCGCCAACAUGCAUGGCCAAGUCUGCAAUUUUUUUCUGUUAAAUAUUUUCUAUACUAAUUCUUGUUGCUUCUUUCUAUAAUUCAAAUUACAGUUAUUAGUCUGAAUACAUUGCCGCGAACAGCAAUCAAAAUCGCGCUUUUUUUUCAUGCUAGAAAUUUUCUUCUUCCUUUUCUUCUUCGUCUAAUUCUAUUAGAUGUGAACUAUGGUGAACUCGUUAUUGUACCAUUCCAUCUUCUUCAGCGUUUCUUACAACUCAAGAACACUAACUCUAUGUUACAGUUAUUUUUCAAUUACCGGUAGUGUUUCAAUUUCCUAUUAUUCAAGGCGUACUUCCGCAUGUACAGACACAUAGAAGUAAACACAUGUGCGUAUAUAUGUAUGACAGUGCGUGUUCCCUCUAACACCUUCAUUCCCUAGCUCUUUGACAGGCCAUCAAUUUCAUAAAAUUGUAUAAACAGUAUGGGACACAAAUCGAAUCCUUUAAUGAAAAUUCAGUGCAAAUCAAACUAAAUUAAUUUUAUUAAUUAUUUAUUUAAUUAUUUAUUUUCUCAAUAUAUAUCUUUAUCUAACUUAUUUAUUAAACAAUACUUUUUAGUUAUUAGCCCUAAAUAUUUAUUUAAGUUUUUCUAGUGCUAUGCAUUUAGAAAAUAAAAUUACAAAAACAUAGAAAACAUAGAAAACAAAAGAAGACAAUUAAAUGAAUAAUAUUUUUAUAUUUAAUAUCGUAUGUAAAAACAAAUUGUUUACUGCAUUUCUUAUACAUAGUUAUAUUAAAUAAAUUGCAAUUUUAAAUAAAA